CCCACUUCCAGGCGCUCAGCCUUUCUCCCACUCCCUUCUUCAGUGGCACGAGAGAUGAUCGGAGCGGCGAGGAGUCAGUGAACAGGCAGUAGCGAUGGAGCGAUGCUCCAUCUCUCCCCACAUUGGAUUCAUUCCCCUUUGGAGCUUCCUGCUGGUCACUGUCAUUUUUUGCACUGCCACCGGUGACACAGAUGACAGGAAGUGGGAGGAGUUGGCUGAAAUGCAGAUGCCAGUCACGGCGCAGGCCAGCACCACCCAGCUCUGGGCGGUGGACUGGGGUCCCACGCAGCCCCUGGAGGACGAGACCCAUCAUCUCAUGUCCAGCCUGGAGACGGACAGUUUGAAGGCGACCACGUCCGAGGACUGGUCCCAUCGUCGAAAUGCGCCUGUCAAUCAAACACAACGUCCGACUGCUGGAGAGAAGACGGAGACAGAGAAGCAGGACACAGAGGAAGUGGACCCACAGUUUUAUGUGACGGUGACGAUUUCAUCUCUGCUGAUUCUGUCCGCGGUCGUCAUCUCAGCUAAACUCUGUUAUGACCGCAGUCUCUCUCAGCGUCCCCCGCCGCUCUCUCUCGCCAUCCCCCGACCCAUCGCUCAGGAGGACAGCAGGCAGACUCUGCACAGCACUCCAUCCUUCCCCGACAGAGAGAGGUAAACC